UUCAUUGUUUCCUCUCGGAAAGACGCGUUUAAGAAUCCCGCUUAGAGGAACCCUCCUCUCCAUGCUCACCCGUUUCUCUUCAUCUCUAGCUCUCUGGUUCUUUCUUCUGUGGUCCUCCGGAGACAGCAGAAGAGAUUGAACUCCAUUAGUCUCGUCUUCUUCUUCCUUUCUUUGGCAAAGCCAACCAAAAUCCAGCCUCACUCUCGGCGGUUCUUCUUCUUGUGGAUCAGAACUAUCUCAGCUCUGAAACAAGCGGAGGUGAGUGAAGAUGCCGAGGGAGAACCAAGAUGUCCAAGAUAACAUCCCCAACACUCCGGCGGCCCCGGCUCCAUCAGCCACCACCGCCACCAAACAGUCUCUCCAUGUUGCCAAGGGCCCCGAUGGCCAGUCCGUCUUGAAGAGGCUGCAGUCAGAACUGAUGGCUCUAAUGAUGUGCGGAGAUCCAGGAAUAUCAGCUUUUCCAGAGGGAGACAACAUCUUCUGCUGGAAAGGGACCAUCACUGGGAGCAUAGACACUGUUUAUGAGGGAAUGAUCUACAAGCUCUCUCUCUCUUUCCCUACUGAUUACCCUUUCAAGCCUCCAAAGGUCAAGUUCGAAAACGUCUGCUUCCAUCCCAAUGUUGAUCUCAAUGGAGCCAUCUGCUUGGAUAUACUUCAGGAUAAAUGGUCAUCUGCAUAUGAUGUGAGAACCAUACUGCUCUCAAUUCAAAGUCUUUUGGGAGAACCGAACAAUGAUUCUCCUCUCAAUGCUCAAGCUGCAGCGCUUUGGGUCAAUCAAGAAGAGUUCAGGAAAAUGGUGGAGAAGACUUACAAGCCGGCCUAGCUUAUAUGGUUCUGUGAAUCUGUAUCAUAGACAUACAUCAUGCACCUAAAGGAAGGAGAGAGUCAUUGUUCUUCAAUUUUCUGUUCUUCUUCUUUCUUUUCUCAUUUUUCUGUGGAGCUUUUACUUAUCUCGAACUUCAUUGUUAAUUUAUAUGGUUGUUCAAUUGCUAUUGUUAUAAAUUGAAAUCAUGUUUCAAUAUGGAUUUUUGGCUAGAAUUUGCCUGCAUAAUUUAUUGCAAUUCCUUGCAU